UGAGGAGGGUCGCAUACUUCGUUGACGGUCGCUCGCUUAGUGAACUCCAGCUCUUGCUCUGAACAAUGCAUGCUUAGUAACUAACUUUAAAGUAUGCUUUAAAGUUAAGUUACUGAGCUAGUUAAAGUAAAGUACACAUGCUUUAAAGUAAGAAAUGCUAGUGUAAUGGGCUGAAAUGCCUGGAAAGCGAUAUAAUGAGUAAAGAAGAUUUUUAAACGCAGUCGUAUUCGAUAAAAUACCGCUCGAGAAGGAUUACAGGAUAAUCUGCAUUGUCGGUGGAAAAUACAAAGAAAAUGCUCGUUAUUAAUCACGGUUGAUAUUAUUCAAUUGCAAUAAUAUCGCAUCCCUCGUUUUGCUGAUCAUGUCCGUUGCAAGUGAACAAGAUUCCUCGGUUGUGUCUGACGGGUGCCGUCUGCUGGACAAUCACCUGUACCAGUUAAUUCAGUUCGAUAGAGACGAUAGCGAGAGAAUCGUGCGCGAGAAAAGCAAGCUGGAGGAAAGUGUCGACGGUCAGAGUCUUGCGGCUGGCUGGGCGCGCGAGAACAGUUUCCUGAGACGAGGCAUCGCGAACUAUACCAUCGACGACGCGCUUCAGGACGAAAAAAUUCGGACGCUCAAACUGGGCGGCCACGUGGGCUUUGACUCCUUGCCCGAGCAGCUGGUCUCUAAAGCGACUCAGAAUGGCUUCACCUUCAACAUACUCUGUAUUGGCGAGACGGGCAUGGGCAAGUCUACUCUCAUGGACACGCUCUUCAACACGAGCUUCGAGUCCACACCGGCGACGCACAGCCUGCCCGCUGUCAAGCUCAAGUCUCACACUUACGAGCUGCAGGAGUCCAACGUCCGUCUUAAGCUGACCAUCGUAGAUACAGUUGGCUACGGUGACCAAGUGAACAAGGCAGACAGCUUCACUGCUAUCGUCGACUACAUUGACAAGCAGUUCGACGACUACCUUCAGGAGGAGCUCAAGAUCAGACGCUCCCUCAACACCGCGCACGACUCCAGGAUACACGCGUGUCUUUAUUUCAUCUGCCCCACUGGACACGGUCUGAAGAGCAUUGAUUUGGUGUGCAUGAAGAAGCUGGACUCUAAGGUCAACAUCAUCCCGAUCAUUGCGAAGGCUGACACGGUCUCCAAGGUGGAGCUAUCGCGCUUCAAGGCUCGCAUCACACAGGAGAUCAAGAGUAAUGGCAUCCAUCUCUACCAGUUCCCCAUUGACGACGAAACAAUUGCCAAGACGAACUCUGAGAUGAACGCCCAGAUGCCGUUCGCGGUGGUGGGCAGCACCGACUUCGUGCGCGUGGGCAACAAGAUGGUCAGGGCACGCCAGUACCCUUGGGGCACCGUGCAGGUGGAGAGUGAGAGUCACUGCGACUUCACGAAGCUGCGUGAGAUGCUAAUCCGCACGAACAUGGAAGACAUGAGGGAAGUGACGCACUCCUGCCACUACGAGCUUUACAGAAAGAGGAUGUUGGAGCAGAUGGGCUUCAGCGACGUCGGCGAGAACAACCAGCCCAAGAGCUUCCAGGAGACGUUCGAACAGAAGCGAGAAGAACAUCGCGCUGAGCUCCAGAAGAAAGAAGACGACAUGCGCCAGAGCUUUGUGCUCAGAGUCAAGGAGAAGGAGACCGAGCUCAAGGAAGUCGAAAAAGAGCUGUACACGAAAUACGACCAGCUGAAGCGUGAGCACGCCGAGGAGAAGAAGCGCUACGAAAUGCUCAAGAAUCGCCUUGAAGAGGAACGAAGUGAGUUCACCAAGCGUCGCGCCCAACUCGUCACCAACGCCCACCACCACACCCUCACGCUGGGCAAGAGUAAGAAGAAGUGAGGCAUCGCUUCCCCUAUUCUGGGGCUACGGGGGCAACAACGUCACGAGAUGGGAACGAUGCAAAAUUCCAGUGCACUUCUGCAUUGUUAUGACACAACGGUUACAAACCCAGAGGCUAGGUUGAACCAUACAGGUGCAACCGUAAAUUCAGCUGAUGUAUCAGGGCAACUUGGAAAUUCAGCUAAAGGUUCACAAGAGUUUAUUGGUGGGAGCAGCGAUGUGACACUUCAGAUAAUGUCUGGAAGUAAUAACGAUGUUUGUGAUGGCGAGUACAGUGACGUUAGUGAUGUUGACAGCGGGCUGGUUGAUGGCGGCAGUCCACUUUUAGGAUUCGAAAAGAAGUGUGCGCCUCGCGAGCAUUUCGAUGAGGCGCUCAACAACAACGAAAACGUGUGGGUGAAGCAGGACCAAAUUUUCCGACCCGUAAGUGUGGGCUGUGCACUCAACACGGAAGAGCUCGGCUCCCUCAUUAAUCAAAAGAAAGAGAAAAAGAAGAAAAGUUGCUUGAAAGUCCCUCGCACGAAGUGGGAAAGUGUCAAAGAGGGUAAAAAAGAUGGCUUCCAUAUUUGUGGGUUUUUCAAGUUCAGUUAUUAGGGAAUUUUGUGAACACGGAAUUUGUAAUUAGCUAUGCAAGAAUUGAGACUGGGCUAGCGAAUGACGUGUGUUCACGGCACAAAAGAUGGCAACGCUAAUUUUUUUAAAAUGCUUAAUUGUUCAAUAUUCUUGACACUCUUGUGUAAAUUUAUUGCUUUCCUGUUUCAUCAGUAACAUAAUGCAUGCAUUUCAGCAGCAGUGAUCACUUGCUUUGUGAUAAGACUAAUAUGAAUUUAUCGUAAUUGCUCUGCCUGCGCCAUGCCAUAUCCUUUCAUUCUGAGGUGUGCCCUUGUAGUACUUUCUCUCAAGUCUCAAGCUUGCCAAGGUUUAGAUCAUAAACGUUAUCCUAGCGUAGGUUAUCCAGGCAAACUUUUUUUUUUAACGUGAUGUUGGAUAGAGUUCUCGAAUUGUUGACUCUCACUUCUAACUAACAUCUUAGAACGAGUUGAGAUAGUCGUAAGAAUUUGUUGUACCGCAACCUCAGUUAUUGUGCUGGUAGCUCGUAGCUUACCGUGGGAUUGCAAAUGUGCAUCCGAGUUUUGUUUGUGCUUUGCAUGUGAAUCUCUGCUGGCUUCUGUCUGUACUCUUAGUUUAUGUUAGUGUUGUUGAAAUUUUAUUUUGUAGGAAUUACAGUCUUCUCCGCUGCCAAGGUGCAUACUUCUUUCACAACCGUAUUUUCGAUGAUAGUUAUUUGUCGUUCACACUUUUAUUAUCGUAAACAUGUCAGAUACACUUCUGGAUGAAGUACUGUUGAUGAUUUGUAAUUUCCAAAAGUUAAUGUAAUGUAAAUCUAAAAGUUGAAAAUUUUCAUGUCGGAAGUAAGCCUGUCAAAUUUCUUAGUUUGAACAGAGUUGUCAAGUUGCACUUUAUGAUCUUGUAAAUGUUGCCGUCUCACUUCAGAAGACACAUCGUAUCAAUUCAAUUCAAUGAAUCAAUUAAUUGAGUAAUUUAAGGAUCCCUUGACUUCAUGAUGGCGUCUAAGAUUCAGAGCUAAAUUUAAGUUUGCCUUUUGUUCUGUUCAGGGCCAUUUUAGUGCUAACAUCAACAAAUUGUGUGAACAGAUGCUCACUUUGCAUGCAAGUCGGUUAAAAGCUAGUCAAGGCUGAUUAUCACUUACAUUAUUCCUUGAAGGAAUAUUUGCAUAAAAACUUCCCUGAAACAUAGUAUGAAUAUUUGGCGCUUGUUCCAAAAGAAUAUUUCAGUAUUAGUAGUGAAAUACUUCAGACGGCUUGAAUUAGUCCCAGAAUUUUGAUGAAUUUCACUGCUGUUAGGGGACUAGUUGAGAAUUUCGUCAGUUACUUUUUCCAACACAUCUUCCGAUCAAAGUAUUUUAAAAAUAACUUCUCUUCUGCUAUCAAUAUUUUUACGUUGAUUCGAUACUCUACCCAGGCGUCUCCUCCAUGGGUUUUGCUAUUCACCUAAUUUUCUCAUUCUUAUUCUGUUGUUAUUAUAUAAGUAAUGACAAAAUACUAUACAAUCAAUUCCUGUAAUUGUUUUGGAAUACAGUUCACGCGAUUAAUUUCUUUGUCGCCUCUUGAGAUUGCUGUCAACGCAGGUUACAUUGUGUCUACCAUCACCAUUAGUCUAUCUUCAGAGAGUAGUAACAAACGAGAUAGUAAGUUUUAUUGGAGAAAGUCUCCAUUCUUUGAUAGGUCAGCCAUUGAGCACCAAAGAUCAUUUUUACUGAACUAAUCACCGCUUAACUAACACUCGUUUUAGGUUGUAUUUAAGGUAUUUUUAUAUUAUAUUCCAUUACGAAUAUUCAAGAGUUCUCAGUACAUUAUGGCUUCUU